GUUUUCUCUCUUGGAAAAGAGGUUAUGGACAGCAGGUUGAGAAACUAACGAAGCGGCGUCGGAUGGCCUGGGUCGCAGCGGUGAAACUGAAGGGCAUCACUUUCGACACCAUAUCUCCCUUCCUGCGUGUUUGCUCCCGGCAUUUGCAUAAAGGUGAACCAGCUUUUGAAAUGAUGGAGACUGACCCAUACUGGGCACCAUCUCUACAUCUGGGACACACAUCUGUUACACCGACAAACACUGCACACUCUGCAAGACAAAGUAGGCGUGAGCAGCUACGGAAAGAGACACUGCAAGCACUAGAGAUGGGGGUCCAGCAGGAUGCAAACAUUGAAGAGCUGCGUACCAAGGAGGGACCAUCUGAGCCUGGUGAAAUAAACAGUCACCAACAGAAUGAGGAGGGGACACCUGAUGCUGGAGAAGAAAGUGGUCAGCUACAGACUGAAGAGGGGGCUGGAGCAGAAAGUGAUCAGCUAAUCACAGAGGAUGAGACUCACAACACCAAUCAGGAUGUGACACAGACUGUGAUUAUUGACUGUUUUGAAAUUUUCACAGAAAACCCAUCAAAUCUGAAAGCACGUGCCCAAAUGUUUUCCAGCUACAAGCACCACCACACUAUGAAGUACUUAAUAUGUAUUACACCCAAGGGAGCCAUUUGUUUCUUAUCAAAAGGCUGGGGAGGUCUUACAAGUGACAAACAUAUAACCUUGAACAGUGAUUUUCUUGAUAAUUUGUUGCCUGGGGACAUUGUCUUGGCUGACAGAGGUUUUGACAUACAAGAAUGUGUGGGCAUGUAGUGUUCAGAAGUCAAACUCCCAACAUUUACAAAGGCCGCUGUCAGUUAGCAGCUAGAGAUGUGGCGGAAACUAGGAAAAUAGCACAUUUGAGAAUCCAUGUUGAAAGGGUCAUCGGAAAUGUUUGUCAGAAGUAUAAGAUAUUAACAGGAACCAAACCCAUAAACAUGAUUCUUCCAUGUGAAGGUGAAGAAGCCACAAUGUUGGAUAAGGUCACUGUCUGCGGUGCCCUGACAAGCCGUUGCCCAACAGUAGUACAAUUAGUUUUCCUUUCGUAGUGUUUGUACAAGCAGAGUUUUUCUUUAUACAUUUGUACAUGACUUAAACCUGUUUCACCCUUUAACACAGAACGUGUCGGCAGCGACGCAUUUACGCAUAUCGUCUUAAGCUUCGUCACGCUGUAAUUACGUCACCCACGUGCCGCUGGUUGGUCUCAUUUGAAAGUGCAGAAGUUGAUGUCCAGACCAGUUUUUAUUUUAAGUCAAUCGACCAAGAAAAACGGGAGAUAAUGUCAUUUGAGUUUUAUAGUUUUAUUGCACUCAUAAAUAUGCAUUCAAACGCUGCAUGGGCCAUGUAUCUAUCUCCAUAUUUCCAUCAUUUCUUGUUCUUUUUCAAAACCGAAAGCAGCACAAAAGAUUACAUAUCCCAAGAGCCGUUCUGAUGUCAAGAAGGACGAACCGAAUGUGAUCAUUUUUAAUAAAUUUCCGAACGAGGCGCCAUCUAAUGAAAGGGAGGCAUGCGACGCAAGCAACGGCCGCUUGGUUUGAGCGAGUGACUUUGAAACGUGCAGAAUGAAUAUAAAACUACAUUUAGCGCAAACUAAUGCAUUAUUUCAUUAACUCAAGGAAGAAGAUGAGCCGCAUUUGUCGUCUUUUUCUUUGCAUGAGUCGGCGAAUAGAAGUGACGGCAGCGCGCAAACGGCGAAAGAGUAGGCUGUGUGACGUUGUUUGUGACGCAGCUCCGUGACCUGUUCAAGCUUUAUUGAGUGCGCAAAAAAAAAAAAAAAAAACUUUAUUGGGUCGCAUGCCUGAAAAUUUGGAAUUGAACUGAACUACUUGUCAAUAUUUUUUAAAAUACUUUUUUUCAAUGUUAUAUAUAUUUUUUCUUUACUAUAAUCAUUUCAAUUUUUAUCUAGAUGUGUGUUCGAGAAGCUUGAUUGCAUGUAGGUAUAUACUUUUGAUAAGGUGAUGGGUACAACACCUAACUUUCACAAAGAGAUAUCCUCCAAACCCUUUUUGUGUUAGAUGAUAUAUAUAAUUUUUUUCUCACUAUUUUGCACUGUAUAUAACCUGUUUUGACCAUAGUAUGUGUUAAAGCCAAAAAACGCCUAUGACCAUACCUGCUGUUUGUGUUGAAUUGUCAAACAUAAAACUAUUCAAUCUUAUUUUUUUCUGUUGAAUGUUUAUCCUAACAUGUUGAAUAAAUAUG